AGUCCAUCGGGUCGGGCUGCCUCUGCAUUCGCCGGAUUUUCUCGAAUCUACUAAUUCCAGCUUCGUUUGGAUCCAACUUUCCUUUACCCUUUGCUUUCUUUCCUUCUUCAAGACAUGUGACAAUCAAUUUAGUACAGAGUUCUUGCGCUUCUUCGCCUUCCAAACUCCARGGGAUUUGCUCUUCUGGGAUAUGAGGCAACAACAUUCUAAAUCUUUGGAAAAAUGCGGAAUGUACAAGUCUUACAGGGUAUCCGGCUCGGGCUACACGGACAGCCUCGAGCACACCACCAUAUCUUAGCUGUUCCGUAAGACGCUUUCGAGUCAGCAAAUUAGGUUUUGCGGCAUCAUUCGGCUUAAGGCAUCUAAUGUAGUGAGGAUCGGUUUUUUCAACAUUAUCGAUCAAACCUAAAAGUUGCUGUUUGAAUUGCAUUCCAACAGUCUUUUGUUUGGCUGGCCCUCUCCUUUUUGACGCAUCUUCUGGCUUCUUUUCUUCGGUUGCUUUCUUCUGGAUUUCAUAGCAAUUCUUAAUGAGGUCGGAAGGAGCUGUCUCGAAGAGAUUUUGCGCCGCAAGAGGAAUUUCGUCUUUAUUCUUCUCCAUGAAACUCGUCUCCGCAGAGUAUUCUACCAGACCGGCGAAGUGCCUCACACAAAACAUCGAUUUUCCUUGUUGCAUUUUCGACGAAUGGAUACGGGUAUUUUCUGAAACUGUUUGCCCCUUUUCUGGGAGCCACUGAUCAAGCAAUCGUUUGCAGAAGUUUCUAUCAGAACCUCUUGGAAGACGACACUCAUCGUCGAGUAUUGCCAAAAUACCUGUCUUCUUUUGUUGAAUUGUGUCUAAACAGUCCUGGUUAUCCGGGAAAGAAAUGAAAGCCCACUGGAUACCCUCCGCUUCGUACUCUUCUUGUUCCAAUUUGAAAAUAAACUUGUUGAAUUGUUGCUGGAGUGCUUCGUUAGUGUAGUUGAUACACAACUGUUCAAAAGAGUUGAUUUUGAAGCAUUCAAAUCCAAAGAUAUCAAGAACACCGAUGGAGGAUCGAAUAUCUGAGUCAUUCUCCCAAAGGAUGCUUUUGUUGACUUGUUGCACCACCCAGAGAAAGAGGGACCCGUAAAUUGUUUUUCCAAGUGCAUCGCGCGCAUCGAUCGCCUUUUCAAGAGUCAAUUCUGUUUUGAUUUCCUCUCCUCUGGCAACGACAACUCUUUGUGUCAGGGCAAAGGCGAUUUUUUCCACAUCAACACCAAGAAGAUUUGCUGUUCUUGUGAGAGAAUCCAUGUCUUCUAUAGCGGCAACAUCCAGUCCGGAAUCGGCUGUUUUUGCUAUCAAUGCAAUUUCUCCAAGAUGCAGCAAUCCUGCAAUGAGAGCCAGAACACUGUCGAUGAGUUCUUCUGCCCAUCCAAGAGCACGCAUGGCCUUGAUCGUGUACGCAAACGUCGCUUCAUCCGUGUAUUCGCGAAGCUCUGGAGCACCACCCUGUUUGGUAUAAUGGAAACAGUUGGCCAGUUCGAAUCCACCUGUAUCUCCCUCCAAUAAUCCGUACUUUUCCUUCUGCUCCUGGUCAGCACCGCGGAGUAGCUGAUAAAACAUGUGGUAAUUACGUUCACCAGUUGCAUGGAAGGUGACACGAACCUUUUCCAAGAGAUACGUUUCGACUUUAGCUCCCAUCAAUUGUCCGGCUCUGUUGAAUCCAAGUUCAAUAAAUUUACCGAAUCGGGAAGAGUUGUCAUUACGAAGUGUACGGGCAUUACCAAAUGCUUCGAGGACAGGAUUUGUCUGCAAAACUCGUUCCAUCACAGAGAGUUCGCCAUCCUUUUUCUCUUCUUCGUGGGAGCCCAUGGCUCCAAGAGUUGUCAAAUAGGACAUAACAAUCUUCGUUGUUUCUGUCUUUCCUGCUCCGGACUCUCCUGAAAUUAGAAUGGCUUGCGAUUUGCGACCUUCUGACAUCAUUUGACGGUAGGAUUUAUCAGCUACGGCGAAAGGGUGGGGUUCUAAUUCACCAUCACUUCCCAUCCCUUGCGAUCGGAACAAACCUUCUGUUCUGUAAUGCUCCCGAAUUUCCUGUGACGUUGGAGAAUCAAGAGAAAGAAUUCAAAACGAUUAGACCAACAUUGGCGUUGUAUGACUGGAAGUGCACACAAUGAUACGAUCAAAACAUACUUACAUCCGUGUACAAUGGUAGUCGUUGAAAAGGGUUAACAGCGAUGAUUACUGGCCCAGUCCAGGUAUAGAUUGAACCGUGUGAGAAACGCUCGCUGACGGCAUGAAGAAUAGCAGGCUCGUGUAAGUGAGGAAGUGCGAUAAGAUCGUUGUCGGCACCGGCGGCGCGUUCCUCUUCGCUGAGGGGGGCAUUUGCAAGCUCAACGCCCUUGAAUUUUACAGCUCCCGAGUCUUCAUCUUUGGCAUCUAGCUCACGGGUGAAGACAUUCUCUUUUUUGUCAACUUGCUGGAGUUCAAUUUCGGUGUCACCCUUCUUAAUGACCUCGGCAAGUAUCCAGGCUUCAUCGCCCUUGGCGUCGGCCGAGCACCAAACAUAGGUUCCGGCCUCCAUUUUCCUUUUCUUUUUCUAGUCUUCCUUCCGAGAUUUUUCGAUGAUUGGCGUUCGUUGGUCGAUCAAUUCACGAUAGAAAUGAUGAGCAAUGCACGGGUCUUUGCUUCUCGGUCUUCUUUCGCGUGGCUUCUCUUUUCUGGAUGGCUGCAGAUAUCAGUUCACACGAAUGACUGCGAAUCCCAACAGCCUCAACGACUGUGUAUCGAACAAUUCCUGUGUUGUGAUCGAGUGCGAACCUGAAUACUAUAAAGUGUCUUUAUUACA